CUCUACCUACGUAUGAGGUGAGGUUAUGGAGCCAUCCUCGUCAGACUACAGCGACGAGGAGGUGGGCGUGCUCGCGCGUGGUCAGAAGCUAUGGGUGCGAGGUGUGCGACCGCACACAACAUGCGCGGAUAUUGUGCGUGCGCUGCAGGACGCGCCCGAAGCGGACGGAUUGACUGAGCACUCUGAAUGGAUCCUAGCGGAGCGAUGGCGUGGCGUGGAGCGUCCUUUACCACCUGACGCUCCUGUGCUCCUGGUGUUGGCAGCUUGGGGAGACGCACGGCACGAGGUCCGCCUAUCCCUCCGUCGCGCCUCCAGCGGUGAGGAGGACUCCGGCCGCGACAGCGACGGCAGCCGCAGCGGGAGGCGGCGGCGGCGCGGUCGGACCACUCCGCCCCCUCGAGCCAAGAGCGAAGAUCCUGCUGCAAGGCUGGUGACGGUGAUACAGCAUCAGAGCAGGACUCUACAUCAGCAGUUGGAUAAACUUCGGGAACAAGAAAAGCUCAUCGACCAACUAGAAGACCAGACGCAUAAAAGCCGUAUGGAGAAGCACGGAACCAACUACCUUCUAGAAUCCUACCUUCGAGACCUGGGCCGCAACACCGAAGUCAACGACAGCCAGGCAGCCAAUAGCGACAGCGGAGUCGGCGUCGGCAGCGGCACACCACCCAGAAGACACACCAAACACAAGUCCAGAAGAGAAAGACACCUCAUGCGAGAACACUACUUCACGAAAGAACUCACAAACAUCUGCCAAGUUAACUCCGAAAGACUUACACAAACACACAACGACACAGACUCAGACGCCUCAGCAGAUGACCUCACAAAAAUAAGAGAAGAAAUCGAACUCCUCGAAAAACUUGCAAUCAUAAAUAAAAGACUACAUCGCGAAGAGGAGCUCGUCGUCAGACUAACAGCGAAAGUCAAAAGGUAUACAGACGAAAAUAAAGCGAAUAGUUGUGAAAAUGUCUCUCAAGUCACGAUGCUAAUCGACAAAAUAGAAGAGGAGUUAGCACGGACGGCGAAUGAGAUGCAAGAUAAUACCUUAGAGUUAACUAAAGCGGAGAGAGAAGUAGAGAUGAGAUUGAAACUCCUCGACGAAUUGACGUUAGAGUUAGAAGAGGAAGAGCUACAGAACACGAUAUUGGAAAGACAGUUGAAUGAAGCGUCGAGUCGACAACCAAUAUUGUUGCAAGAUAGCUACGUACCUGUCUUAGACCAAGGCACGGCUAUCGAUUACGGGGGACCUAGUUAUGCCUUGGACACGCUCGUAUGACAUUAGGUUAAAUUAUGAAUCUGUCCCAAAGAUGUUUUUAAAUUACCAGCAAUCUCCUCGGAAAUUUUGGGGACUUUAAAUACCUAAUGCGAGUUUUGAAUCGGGUACAAAAAACCGACAAUGGAUCUCAGUUUUUCAAAUAAAUUUUAGUACCCAAUUCACAUUAAAAAUAGGCAUUCUGCUUUAAUUUACUUUCAAAGGAAAUUGUACAGUUACAUUGCCCAACGGUGAUAAAAUUAAUUGAGUAUAUAUUGAGCGAUUUGUGUACCUUUACUUUAGGCUCACGAGAGAUCAUUGUUACAGUGAUAAGACUAAUUAGAAUUGUAAAAAUCCAAAAGAGUAUUAUAAAGUUAUGAUAAAAUUUACUUCAUUUGAGGCACUAAACUGUCAAAUAAAAAUCAAUAAUGUCUCUGUCUCUGAUUGGCUAAAAUAUUUGAACACAAAUUCUUAAAUAAAAUGAUUUUGUACUUUUAAAACCAAUAGUUAUAUGAAUAACAUAGUAUAAGACAAUAACUGUGGUGCUUAAGCUGUUUAAAACCUAAGAAUGUUAUUUUACUGCGUAAGAACCUAAACGUAGUUAAGACAAAAUAAAUCGACCAAAAUCAUUACAAUUUCGACCUUCUGUAGAUGAAAUAAGGUUCUAAUAUUAGAGCAAUAUUGCUAAUAUUUAAUCCUUUUGACUUAGCUACGUCCAAAUAAAUUACGCUGCAUACAUUUUUUUAAUAUUCGAGUCCAAUACCAAAAAUAUAUGACAAAAACCACCAACUGUAUGUAAGUACGUAAGUUAGGGUAAUCAUCCACUAAACGAUGUCACGCAAUAACUAAACGUAAAGUUAAGAUGUUGUUUUGUGACAUUGUUAGCGAAUGGGCACCAUUAGGCCUAGUCAAAAUGACCUUUUACUGCUGUUCCAAAUAUUGAGACAUGCACAUACACAAUUAUACACCUACCUAAUACGGUGUCGGACUUUGAGAUCAAAUGUAUCAUAUCAAAGCAUUCGACCAAUUACCUAUGUUUGUUCCAUAUUUGGGACAAUGCAGAAAAAGGUUGAUUGGGUUUGUAAAAAAUACUUGAAAUAGAUUAUUUCUGUAAACAAAAGAAAUAUAUUUGUAAUAAAAUUUCUUAUCCAUUUGGACCUUUGAUAUUUUAUUUUUGACCAACUGACACUUAGUUGAUUGUAUAAAAAAAAAAUGUAUGGCUGUUACGGUCAUAUCUCAACGGGACACCACGGCGACCCAAGCAUUCGCCGGUCACCAACAAAAUGUAUACAUUCCGCAACCAAGCGGACACUAGGUGAUAUACCCUCCAUAGACCUCUAUACAUUUUGUGGCCGGCGACUGGUUACGCCGUGGUGUCCAAGUGAGAUAAUAUGACUUAAACUUAGCCUAAUGAAAGGUCUCAGUACCGUCCUCCACACUAAUAACUGAUAGUUUGUAAACUGUAUGGCUAAGAAAGGCUGAUGAUAGUCGGUUAAUAUUUUUAAAAUAACCUGACGGUAUUUUUACAAACCCAUAAAUUGAGAUACAUUCUACAAUAACUUCCACUAAUGACCUGAUUAUGUAGGUUCGGCUAGAUAAGUAUGUUAAUACAUUAUUUUUAUAUUUACUGUUAAAUAUGUUUAUACCCUGUGUACCUACAGAAAAAUAUACAACGAAUAUAGUGA